UUUUCCGCGGGUCACGUGACGCUCGGAGCAGCUGCGCAUGCUCCAAGUGUCACGUUCGGAGUGCUCCACGCCGGCUCUGGAGUUCUGCCUUUGGUUUAGAGAGGCAAAUGGGUUUUUAACGAGUCACCGGUCUUCUGUUUAAGCGGAGGUUAACAGAGGAAGCGGAGAGACACCAUGACAGCCAACGAGGAUCAGGAGAUGGAGCUGGAAGCUCUUCAGUCGAUCUACGGAGACGACGAAUGCUUCAAGGAGAUCAGUCCCGUGGCCUUCCAGUUCAGGAUAGGAGACCUUGAAGACACCAAAUCCUUUCUCCUCGACAUCACAUGGCCAGAGUCCUACCCUGAAACGGCGCCAAACAUUUCCCUGGAUGCGUUCUUCAACAACAGAAUCUCUGCUGAAACAAAGCAGACCAUCCUGCUGAAGCUUCAGGAGCAAGCAGAGGCCAACCUGGGCACCGCCAUGACAUACACUCUGUUCGAGUGGGCCAAGGAGAACCAGGAGGUUCUGAUGGAGAACCACAAACCCGUGGUCACAGCUGUGACCCUGACAUCGAACUGUGAGGUGACCUCUGCCCCCUCAUCCAUGAAGAAGAAGGAGAAGAAGGAGCAGCUGACCAAAGCUCAGAAGAGGAGAAUAGUUAGCAGAACAGAUAAUAGGGGGGAACUGCCCAGAGGAUGGAACUGGGUUGAUGUCAUCAAGCAUUUAAGUAAAACAGGUGGGAAUGAUGAGCAGGCCUGAGGACCGGGACCCGGCCCACUGGACCCAGCUGCUGCUGCUGCUCGCCCUCAGAGGCCCUCCCUCUGCACCCCAGCAGAGGCGCUGCAGCCAGGCGGAGCGAUCAUCACGGUUCAGCCCAUAUCAGUGAGCGUGGGGUCUGCACAGGACAGGCUGGCUGUGAAUGAUGGACUGUAGUGUGAUGUAGAACUGUUACUUUCAAGCAUCCCGUGACUUUGUCAAAAACCUUUUUAAUCCAACAUGAAAAGGUCUCUCUUUCUAUCGUUUUAUACGGAUAAACAGAACCUGUAACGUGUUUUAUAAAGAUCGGAUUCUCCAGUUGAGUUUUUGUCAAACAGUUGUCCAACAAAAGCUUUCAUUAUUAAAUCUUAUUUUUCAGUGAUGUUUA